AUGAAAGUUGAAUUAGCCCGUUCAUAUAAUCAAUAUCAACUAUCCAAACCUCAACAACUUGAUCUUCUUGAUACUGAUCGUUCAAAUUUAACAACUGAUCAAUGGACUCUUCUUUCAAAUAUUCAUCAUAUAUUUAAUGAAGAUAUUACUCUUCAUGCCAUACAAUCAUCACUUACUCAAGGUUCGUCACUUCCCAUUAAAUUACGAGUAAAACAAUCAUUUGCAUUGAAAUGUCUUCAUCAUUGUUUUUCAUCCAUGGAAGUUCCAUUUAAAAAAUCACCUUAUUUCUAUUCACUUCCACUUGAUGCACAAAAAUAUCUCGUUCAUCAUAAUAUUUAUGCAACAAGUUCACUGAAAGCACUUUAUCUUACUCGUCAAGCCGAUUUGUGGAAUAAUGAAGAUUUUCAAAUAUCAUAUAUUGAAUUAUAUAAUGAAAGUACUCUCAAAAGAACUGCUGCAAUGAGUCAAAGAUUAGAUCCAAAUGGAUUAUAUGUUAAAAUAAUGUUAUAUAUCAUUGCAUUUUCAAGUAAUUAUUCGAUUGUUAAUUAUAAUGCAUUAGAAAAUUCAUCGGAUUCGUCGAAUUUAAAAAGAUUAACAUCAGUUCAAGACAUUUGUGCAUCAUUGUUAUGGAAAUAUUUAACUUAUCAAUAUAGUUUUCAAGAGUCUGUUAUUCGUUAUAGUUCAUUAAUUAAAAUCUUAUUAGAUAUACUUUCGAUUUUAGAAUAUAAAAUCAAUAUUCAUGAAUUUAACAAGAUGAUGAACAAUAUUGUUGAACAAACUGAACAAUCCUUCGUUCUGUCUAAGUGA